CGAAUUUACUUACUUUGUGGCUAAUAAAAUAAAAACCUUGUUUGUACCUAAAUAUUGCGCAAUGUUUUUUCGUAAUAUUCUAAGUAGAUCUAACAAUCGUCUCGAUGACCAUCACUAUCUGCCUGUGCUACGUAAACUAUGAACAGUUUAAUGGUUUUGAUGACAUUCCCAAUGUGAAGAAUAUUUCAAAGUGGCAGCCAAAGAUCCAAGGAAUUGCAGAAAAUACUAACCAAUUGGAUAAUUCAUCUAUGAGCAUCGAAUUCACUGUCAAAUCCGAAAUACCAAAGAAGACAAAAUUCCAGAUGAAAAAAUUAGUUAAAAAAUGUUCGGUGAACGAACGGCCUACGAGUGUUGGACCUUACGUGAUACCGACAGAACUGGACUUGGUGCUCUUCACACAGAGGACUUUGCUGAAGAUGUUCCGCAGUUACCAUGAAAAGACUCUGCUCUUACUUAAGGAUAUUAAAGAGGCUACCAGAGCGACGGUAGCUGUGGAAAAGAAGUGUCAUGGUAAAGGCAAGUCGGUAUACAAGGAAUGUGUGAAACAAGUCAACAGAAAAUGUGUCACCAUCACCAAGGACCUGGUCCAGUCUCUAGAACGUCAACAAGCUCAAGUCAUAGCCUUGACUAAGGAUACAAUAUGCAACAUGACAUCAAUGAAAACUGACCCUAUUCAAUUAAUAAAAGUCCUAGCUAUGGACGAAGCGUCUUUAGAAUUUGCAUUGCCCGCCUUUUUGCGACUACUUGGUGGUUGUACUGUUUAUUGUACAAAACAACCGCCACCAGACCGCCGUCCUAGACUGCGCAAACUGACCGAUCAAGAUCUAGUUGUUAGACAUUUCCUUACGAGAAAAAAUUACGUGCAACUUUUAAACGACACCCAUAAGUAUGUGUAAGGAUAAAAGAAUGCAGCGUUGGUAAACUGGAUGCAUUCCGAGCAUUCAUUGCCAAUGAACGCACCCGCUACGAUUGAUCGAGCUUUGUUGUACUUCGCGUUCCAUACGCUAGAUGUCGCUAGGAUCAAUGAACUUUUGACGUGAACUUGAUUGAAACUUAGAAUAACUUAACCAAAAUAUUCUAAGCUUUUUAUGUGAUGUGAAUAGUGAUAACCGUGGGAAUAUAUUAAUAAAUAACAACGUUUAUAGUACAAUGCGUGAGAAAUGCA